AUGGCUGACCACCUUUUCGGUACAUCGCGGCCACCUCCAGAUCCGCUCAAAAUCGAGUACCACGGCCCAGUCUACGACGGCGGCCCCUGGCUCGACUACCCUUCCCGGCAAGGCUGGAGGAGGCCAGCAGACUCCAGCAGCGGCGGCGGCACAAACAAACCGUCCACCCUCUCCAUCCCGGAAAGCCACAAGCCCCGUCUCGAAUGCUGGCUGUACUUCGGCGUCCUCCACGCCGUCUUCGGCCCCAGCAUCCAGCACAACGACUUCCUCCGCCUCGACAUUAAUAACGGCGGUAAGCGGUACUACCUCACCACCGCGCUGCUCCACCGCUACGUCGACGUCGCCCUCAAAGCCCCCUCGUCCAGCAAGAAAAAUGCCACCGAUGACGCCAUCAUCUUCGGCGCCUGCACCAAACCCGCAUGGGAAUCCGUCGAGAAUCGACUCGGCUCGCUGCUCAACAACGCCGACGUGCGCAGCCUGCUCCGGCCGGAAAUGGCGUUCGCCAUCCGCGUGCUGCACGCGACGCUGUUCCUGCUCGUCCGGGACACGCUCGGGGUCAAGUUCGGCGCUGUGCUGCUGCCGCAGUGGGCGUGUCGAGACGCGUGGGCGGAUGAGCGGCUAAGGAGCGAGAAGGGAUGGUGUCCGAGCGAGAUCGCGUGUUUCUCGAAUCUGCGCUCUGUGCUGCCGCAGGCGUAUGCGUUGCAGUUGAGGCGGCCGCGGACGAUGCUGGAGAGAGGAGGGGGAGGAGGAGGAGGGGAUGACGCGCAUGCGCUGUGCACGGCGGCGAAGUGCCGCGUCAACCAGGUCGAGGCGGGGACGUAUGUGACGAAGCAUUAUCCGCCGGAGUGUCGGUGCGCGCACGUCGUCGUGCCGGUCGAGGACGUGAAGGCGGUGUUGAGGAGGGGGGGUAUUCCGCUCGUGCGUAUUAGUGGAGGUGGAGGGGAGGAGGAAGCGGUGCUGCAGCUGGAAGUCGUCGCGCAUCGGCCGGGGAGGAAUUACGUCGCGCUGUCGCAUGUCUGGUCGGACGGGUUGGGCAACGCGAAGGUCAAUUCGCUGCCGGCGUGCCAGUUGCGGAGGCUCGAGGCGAAGGCGGCGCGGCUGCUGUGGGAGCAUGCGAAUGUGCCGGGGGCGUGGGAUAAUCCUGUCAGUGCGCUGCAUGUUAGUGGGAGGCAUCUGCUGCAUGCGGCCAUGAGGCUGGCUCGUAAUCCUGGAGAAGAUACGUUGUUUUGGGUAGACACGUUGUGUGUCCCGCUGGACGAGGAGACCAGGAAGAUGGCGAUCAGAGGGAUGAAGAAGGUCUAUGAGAGAGCGCACCGAGUGAUGGUCGUUGAUGCUGAGCUUGAGAGCACUGCCGUGAGCGAUCUACCGAAGGAGGAGGUCAUGAUGCGGAUUUUGGCCUGCUCGGGCUGGAUGCGGAGGCUGUGGACUCUUCAGGAAGGGCUCGCCGCGCGCAGGCGCCUCUAUGUCGUCUUCAAGGACAAGAUCGUCAAUGUCCCCGACAUGGCAGACAAGCUAUGGCUAAAGCAUCACCACGGGAAGUUUCACGCGCUGCAAGCCCCGGUGGCGCACGAUGCAUACUCCCUCUGGUUCCAAUGGUUUCGCACUGUCACGACCGCCUACUCAACGUUCCACAAAAUUCUUGAUAAAGCCGUCCCGAUGGGCAAGGACAACGAGAUUAUACUUAAGCCUCAUGAGCUAGUAUCGAUGAGCUGGAGCAACGUGUCAGCCAGAGAUACGAGCAGAGAUGUUGAUCGGCCCGUUGUAUUCGCCAACAUUGUCAACCUAGAUCCCAAACCGAUCCUGGACAUCGACGGAAAUGCUCCGGAGCGCAUGAGGGCUUUCUACAAGAUGCUUUCUUAUUUUGCUCAGGAGGUCAUAUUCCUGUCCGGUGAACGGUAUCAGGAGGAUGGCUGGCGCUGGGCUCUGCAGCGCUGCAUGAGUGUAGACGAUACACCUUACGGAAGAACCCUAGAAACGCCUGUGAAGAUCCUGAAGGAAGGCCUGCUGACAGUCUUUCCCGGAUUCACUAUGAAUCUUGGAGGCUUGCUGCCUGGAGGUGAUUCGGAAGGCUUCUGGAUCUCAGUCAGACGCACAGUCGACAGUGCCGGUCAACCAAAAGAGGGGGUGCGAUAUUUUCAUGUUACUGCUAAGGACAGGCAUGCCUGGGAGCUGGCCGCCUUGCAUGACGUCGGGAUCGUGUUCGAUAAGUCGUCUGACGGAGUUGAAGCAUCUUUCUUCGAAGAUGGCGCAGCAAGGCUCUCCUGCGUCGUCCUUUCUGUGGUUAGGAGAGAAGGUGACGCUGUCUUCGGGAGAUACGAAUUGCUGGCCGAUGCAAAUCGCCUUCGAGAACACAGCCACCCUCCGGCUGGUGGGGUCGUAAACCCCUCAAAUCCAUUAGUGCGGGAGUCUCUGCUCCGGGAACAGAAAUGGUGUAUUGGGUAG